UUUUAUUUUAAUGGCAUUUAUCUUUAUUUGUUGGCACUGAACACAAAACAAAACAAAAAAUUUUUUCGUUAAUUUAUACGCUUUGUUUUUUGCUGAUUCGAAACCGAAAUACAAAUUUACUGGCCUUUUUUCUUUCUCUCUCCACAACAAUUGUCAAUAUUUCACUUGAUACAUCAAAAACUAUCUGAGAUUCUGAAUCUACAAUAACAACAACAAUCAACCUACCAAACAAACAAACAAACCUAACUACAAUUACAACCGAAGACCAUUUACGGUCUCGCUCCUGUUGAUCUUUGAUACAGCGAAAUAAUUAAUAAAUCGCUUUCAUAUUUACCCCAACAAUAACCGAUUGCUCAGUUCAUCUCAUCCGGUUUUAUUUAUUUCUCAUCUCGUAAAAUCAUCGAUCUGCAAUUCAUCGAUAUUCCUUUUAUUAUUUUGUUUGUUGGAAAAAAAUAAAAACGAUUCUCAAUGUGUGCUUGUAAUUGUCUUAGUUCAUAUAAAUUCUUAAAUUGCCACAGUUCGCAAUUACCCCAACAUCUACAUCAUCCGAAUUGUGAACGAUAUAGUCGACUAUCGUCACAAUCAUCGGCAUCGUCCAGUCUGGCUUCAUCAACAGCUAGCCGUAGUAAUAGCGGUGCCAUAGCUGGAUUAACCGACUAUCAUUAUCAUCAUCCCCAUCAUCAUCAUCUGUUCAGGGGUGUAAAUAUCGGACUUGGUCAACCAAUGGCGAUGGGUGUCGAAGAUCAAUUAUCAUCUUCAUCAUCAUCACCAUUGUCAUCAUCGCCUUAUUCUGCUGGUUCAUAUCUGAAUUCAGCACUUGGUAAGGCUACAUCAAACUCAAUUUCAAUUAAUGGUGGUGGUGGCUUGCAAAGUCGUAAUGGUUCAAUACCAACGACAAAUAUCCUAUCAUCAAGCCCGAGCAAUCAACAUAAUUUAAAUUCCUCUCAACACCGAAUGGUGAUCGAUUCCGAUACAACAACAUCAGUUGCCAACUGUAUACCAAAUUCAAUAUCGUCACAUAGUUUCAGUUGCAUGUUAGGACAUAAGACCUGUUCGAACAGUAAUAACAAUAGUCAACAGCUAAGCUCGACCUCAUCAUCAUCGUCAUCAUCAUCAUCGUCAUCAUCCAAGAAAAGUUUGCGAAAAUCUAACAGAAGAGUCGAAUCUAGUUCGUCAUCUAUUAGUUUAUCCGGAAGCAAUAACAAUCCAACAAAUAUGACUUCUUCGUUGAAUCAAGGUCAACAUCAACAAACAAAUCGUUUUUUGCCCGCAUUGUUCACACCACCAACGCAAUAUUAUCUGGGCACCAUACAUCAAAUGUUAUUUAAUCAAGCCACAUCACCUUCAUCAUCACAACAAAAACAUUUAUCUCCAUCGUUGAAUAACAACACCAAAAUCAAAUCCUCAUUGAACACCAAUCAUUACAAUAACAAUAAUAACCACAGCCGUGAUCAUCGGCUGAGUGCCUCGUCCACGACCCAACAAUCAACCGUUAUGCCAAAUUCGUUUCAAACCAAGGAACGAACAUCGACGAAGCCUCCAGCAACGCCUACCACCGACAAUCCCAUGACGGUUUCAUAUCAUUCGCCAUCAUUGAUGCAACCUCCACCAUUACCACCCCCAUCAUCGAAUGGCCGAGAUGUGCAUAACAACAACAAUUAUGUUCGACCACGUGAAAUGUUCGAAAAGAAUUACAACGUAAGCAACAUACUUGGACGUGGUGGAUUUGGCACUGUUUAUGCCGGUAUUCGAAUCCGUGAUGGAUUGCCUGUUGCAAUAAAGCAUAUCAAGCGUGAUAAUGUUACCAGUUGGGAGCAAUAUAAUGGCCGACCGGUACCCAUGGAAGUUUGCCUAUUAGAAAAAGUUGCCCACAUAACGGGCGUCAUCCGUAUGUUGGAUUGGUAUGAAGAUCAAUCGGCCUUUAUCAUCGUUAUGGAACGACCCGACAACGUUAAAGAUUUGUUUGAUUUCAUCACUGAACGUGUUGUGCUUGAAGAACGUAUGGCACGUUUAUUUUUUCGCCAAGUUGUCGAAAUUAUUAUUCUAUGCCAUAAAGCUGGCGUCUGUCAUCGUGAUAUCAAAGAUGAAAACAUUCUUGUCGAUUUACGAACCAUGUCAAUUAAAUUGGUCGAUUUCGGUUCCGGUGCCUAUCUCAAAGAUUCUGCCUAUACCGAUUUUACUGGUACACGUGUCUAUUCUCCACCUGAAUGGAUUAAAUCAAGCCGUUACGAUGGUCUGGCCGCAACUGUAUGGUCUUUGGGGGUGUUACUUUACGAUAUGGUUUGUGGAGAUAUACCGUUCGAUGAUGAUGAUGCUAUCAUCGGCGGUGUACUAAAAUUCAAACGAAAUGUCACCUCCGAAUGCCAGGAUUUAAUAUUCAAGUGCCUAUCAUAUGACGCAAAAGAUCGUCCCACAUUAGAAGACAUUCUUGGCCACCCUUGGAUGGGCGCCAAAUUAGAUUCAUCGUCCACAUCUAUUGGUGUUGAUAUACCAUCGAUGGAUAAUUCAAGUCAAAUGUCGGCCAAUGGUGUUGCACAUCAUAUUGGCCGUCGUUCAAUUCAGAUGAUGCAUUUCUCUUCCGCAUCGGUUUCCGGACCUGAAUCAUCCACAUCAUCAUCAUCGUCAUCAUCACCGGAAACUCCACCUGGAUCAUUGUUUUAAUGAUUUAAAUAGCAUCACUGAUUCAUCACUCAUCCGAAUUAUCAUUCUCUCUCUUAUAAAUAAUGCAUCUGCAUCAUAGACAAAUAAAUCAAUAAAUUCGACCUGUA